GCCCGCUUGGUCGCCGACACCGCAGCCGCCCAAGAGGAGCUGGGGGAGGACGGUGGCCUGCGAGGCUCGCCGCAGACAAGGCGGCGGCGAUGUCCGCGAGCCAGGCGGGUGCCGCGGCAGCAGCGGCGGGGCCUCGCGCGCGGCUGGGCGGCCUGGGGUUCGGCCUCCCUUCGGUUCCUAGGAAGCGCGCCGGCGGCCAGCUUGGGAGCAGCGGCAGCGGAGGCGAAGGCUGCGGCGCGUCUCUCUCCUCCCCGUCAGCCUAAGCCGGGGGAGGCUAGGCGACCGGGUGGCUGGAGGGGGGUCCGCUGCCCGAGAAUGGGAAUUCUCUUCACCAGGAUAUGGAGACUGUUCAAUCACCAGGGAGUUUGGAAGAAGUUGAUUCCAACCCUCGUGGAUGACUGAGGAGUUCAAGACUUCAGUGGAGGAAGUAACUGCAGCUGUGGUGGAACUAGGAAGAGAACUAGAACUAGAAGUGGAGCCUAAAGGUGUGACUGAAUUGCUGCAAUCUCAUGAUAAAACGUUACGGGGAUGAAGAGUUGCCUCUUAUGGAUGAGUAAAGAGCAUGGUUUCUUGACAUGGAAUCUACUGGUAAAAAUGCUGUGAAGAAUAUUGAAGUGACAACAAGGGAUUUUAGAGUAUUAUAAGAAUGUAUGCAGUAAAGUUGAGAUGGUGUAAGGGGGUUGACUCUAAUUUUGAAAGAAGUUCUGUGUAUAAAAUGCUAUCAAACAGCACUGUAUACUGCAAAGAAAUUGUUCAUGAAAGGAAGAGUCAGUUGAUACGGCAGACUUCACUGUUGUCUCACUUUAAGAAAUUGCCACAGCCACCCCAACCGUCAGCAACCACCACCCUGAUCCGCCAGCAGCCACCAACAUCAAGGCAAGCAAAAAGAUUACUGCUCUCUGAAGGCUCAGAUGAUGAGCACAAAGUCAUCAUUGUUGGGCUGGAUAAUGCAGGGAAAACCACCAUCCUUUACCAAUUUUCUAUGAAUGAAGUUGUACAUACAUCCCCGACAAUAGGAAGCAAUGUAGAAGAGAUAGUGAUUAAUAAUACACGAUUCCUGAUGUGGGAUAUUGGUGGCCAAGAAUCUCUUCGUUCUUCCUGGAACACUUACUAUACUAACACAGAGUUUGUAAUAGUUGUUGUGGACAGCACAGACAGAGAAAGGAUUUCUGUAACUAGAGAAGAACUCUAUAAAAUGUUAGCGCAUGAGGACCUAAGGAAAGCCGGAUUGCUUGUUUUUGCUAAUAAACAAGAUGUUAAAGAAUGCAUGACUGUAGCAGAAAUCUCCCAGUGUCUGAAGCUGACUUCUAUUAAAGAUCACCAGUGGCAUAUCCAGGCAUGCUGUGCUCUUACUGGCGAGGGAUUAUGCCAAGGACUUGAGUGGAUGAUGUCACGACUUAAGAUUAGAUGAUCUCUGCUGACCUCUUCUCAUAGACUUUGUAUAAACGAAGUGCUGGACUUUACCUGAAAGCUGCAAAAAUUAAUGGUUCAGAUAUAUUUAUAGCAAACUGAUUUAAACUUUUUCUAUAAGAAGAAAAAUUAAGACCACUUAUUUGAAAAUGAAGAUGAAGUCUCACCUUCCAAUUGCUUUCUUAUUAGUUUCUUCCAAAGCAAAAUCUUAAAGCUGUGAUUGACAUUUUUCUCAUAAUGAAUCCUCUCAGGACAUGUGUAGCCUGUGGUAAGUAGGAAGGGAGAGGAAGACAUUUUUAAUUUUACCAGCUUUAUUAUCAGUAUAACCCUUCUUAGUUGAAUGUUGUUCUCUUCUUGUUCGAUUAAGUCAAAGUACAAAUCAGCACAGAUACUCAGUUUCCAAUAUUUUAAAAUGUAAUAUUACUUAUGAAAAGUAUUUUUGCAUAAUCUUGUGUCCGUAUUGUAUAUAUACCUCAACUUCAAGUUAAUGGUUUUGAUUUAUGUUCUAAGGAAAAGUGAAUAACAAAAAUUAAUAAUAUUCUUAAUUAUAACAAUGAGAUGAGUACUGGCAUUGGUUUAAGUGCCAAUCUGUACUUUUUCCCUAUGUACUGUGUCUUGUACUGACCAACCCCCCAAAAAUCAUUGAGCUGCUGUUUAAAAAAAGAAAAAAUGUUUGACAUUGUGUACCUAUUUUUUUCUUGUUGAUCAAAUUGCAUACAUGGAAAUGUGUGACUCGGUGAGUGCUGUAUCUGUCAACUUCUUGGCUUAGUGUUACCAAUGGGACAGUUGCACAUUGAGCAGUUAUAUUGUUCCCUUUAUUAGACCUUAAUGCCAUCUAAAUUACUGAGUAAAUUGUUAAUCCAUUAAUCAGUCAUUCAUUGUGAUUACAAUUACCAAGUGAUUUUUUUUCAGUGUUAAUUGAAAACUGUUGUGUGAAAUGCCUACCCAGAGAAGUGUCAUCUUAUAAAUAUAAUUAAAUAAUUUAACUAGAUUCUUCUAAAUUAUAUGUCAGGCAUUUAAAGUGAAUUUGAAAUGAAAAGUGAAGCAUAUUUUCUAAACAACAAAGAUAACAAUUUUAAAAGUGUUUAUAUCUUAACUCUUGAAAUACUUUAAGAUUUUUCAUUUGUUUUUUUAUCUUCUAAUACAACAUGAAUGUAUUGUUUGAUAAUUAUAAAAUACAAAUUUUUAAUGCUUUUACGAAUUUGGUUUAAAAAUUGAUCAACAUAAUGCAUUAUUUUUCCUAAGACUUAACUUGGCCAAAAAUAUCUUCUAUGUUCAUGUAAGCUAUAUAUUUUUUCAAUAUCUGAAAGUCAAAGGUAUUUGUGUUGUGACUAUAAACAAACUUACCUAACUAAAUGUAUUAAAACAUAUUCUUGGGUACUCAUUCCUUGAAAAUCUGAACAGUAGCCCAAACUGGCAUGUUUUAGAAUAUUCAGGAAAAAAAUAAUUACUUUUAUUGUAAUACCAGUCUAGAGAUUUCAUGAAGAUUUUAAUGAGGAAUAAAUAAUGAGGUAUAUACUAUAAGCAUUGACAAAACUUUGAAAGUUCCUUUCGAUAAAAUUAAAAUACUCAAUAUCUAAGGCUAAGUUGGACAUAGGAGAUCAGUGUUUAACGGUGGAUGUUUUGUGUUAUGGUAUAAUGUUCAAAAUGCAAGUAUAACAUUUUAUUUUUUUGUCAACUUUUAUAAAAGUAAAUCCUUAAUUACUAAGCUUUACUUGUUCAUUAGUCUCAUACUUUUUUCAAAUCACUAUAAGGAAUUAUUAUAUAUUAAAAAAUCCCUUAAAAACCGAAAUGUAUGUUGUAGGUAUUGAUUGCAGUUUCAUCAGAGAAAAAUAGUCUGUACAGUAGCCCAGCAAAUCCACACCUUUUAUACUUUUUAUUUUUUUAAUUUGAAUAAUCUCAGUUCAGUCUCUUGGGUUGCUGUCACAUCAGUCAACCGUACACCAGCACAUUCCCUGGUCAUCAGUGUGUUGGCUAAAGUUAAUUCAGAUUGGUGUUUAAAGCAUGCACCACAUUGUUGCCGUUGAUUCAGUGUAGUAGAUUAUUGACAGCAUCAUGAGAAGGCAUGAAAUCUUAUACCACACUUGCAAAGCAUGAUGUUUUUUUUGCUAUAUUUCAUUCUAGGCUAAGCAUUAGAAAUGCGUUACCUAUAUACUCGUGCAUAAAACCAAAAUUACAAUCGGGAAAAUAAUUUAAAUUCAUGUAUGAAGAUGCAUCAAAAUCAUUUUAACACUUCCAAAUAAGAUGGAGAACCUCAUGAAUAGUCAUACUGGCCAUUUAUAUGUAGCUUAAGUGGACUUAAGCAAAGGGCAAUACUUUUGGAUUUUUAAUAUGCUACUUUUGGAUGUAAACAAAAGAUCUUAUUUUGGGUCAGGCUUAACUUUGAAAAGAACAAAGUUUCAUAUCUCUGUACAUGUGGCUGGAUUUAAAUAUCUCGUGUUUGCUACUAAUUUUGAAAGUUGUAUGACUUCUCUUGAUAUCUUGGUAAAACUAACCAUAUGCUAUAAGCAUUUAAAUAUGUUGAAUUUUAUCAUGAUAACAUUUAUAAAAUAUAUCUUACCCAGUAUGUUGAGGAUUCUUGUUUGAAAUUUUCAGUUCUUUCUAUUUUCUCUGACUCUCAAGAUGGGCAAAGAAUACAAUGAAGGCAGGUACUUCGGGUAGAGGGGGUCGUCGGUAGAGGAUGAUGACAUUUUGCCUUAAGAAUAAAAAAGAGCUUUAGCACUGCUGACUGGCAUUUUUAAUGCAGGUAGUUAAAGUGGGUUUCAGAAGUGUGGCAUGAGGCAGGAGAGUUUCUGUUUUCUGGCUUUAAGAAGUGCCUGGUAGGUGGCUGCACUGAGAUCACAGAGAAGGGCAGAGCGCUUGAGGAAAGUCAGGUGGUCCCUGAAAUGUUCUGUUCUUUUUUGUCUGAGUGUAUAGAAUUAAGAUGCCUAGAAAUGGGAUUCUGUUAUCCCCACUUACAGGCACUUUACAUUUACAGCUGUGACUACAGCAACCACAUGCAGUACAGACAACCUCAAAAUCUGUAUAUAUUAGUGUAAAUAGAAACACUGUAGACAAUUUUCUCUGCAGGCAUUUUUGGGAAUAUAUCUGUAGUGUGUUCUACUUUGCAUAUAGGGUAUAGCAGCACGUCCCAGAUUGUCUGUGGACUUGGGGGUCAUCGUCUCUCAGUUAGUUGCCCAGUUGUAUCUUGGCAUCAGUCCAUCUUUCAGGGUUGGAUAGAGACAAAAUUUUUUUGUAUGACUUAACUUUGAUCCCUCCCACUCUCUAAGUAUAAUCUGGAACUUCUUGCCUCAGGAUCAGCUUUCCCAUAGUUUAGCCAUCCUUCAGCUGUACCUUUAUUCGCCAACCAGGUUAUCUCUGUACUGGAGGGAUGCUAAACUUUACCUGUAUCUAUUGCUCCCCAAACCACUGGUUUGUAAGUAGGCCCUCUAGCUCUUUGUUGUCUCCCAGCGCUGGCUUGAUUCAUUGAUUGGUGCUUUGCUCAUUAGAAAGUACUGUCAGAGUUGUUGAGUGCAUCAGGGCUGGCUUGCUGUGUAUACAGAUGUGUAUACAGAUGCCGUUGAGUUUAUUAAAUUGUACUGUAUUUUACAUUCUAAUGCCUCUUAAUUUUAGCUUUGUAUGCUGAAAAGUAGAUUCAGAAAGAUAAGAAAACUAUCUAGACUCUGCCAGCUCUUUGAGUUAAAAAGUUAGAUACGGAAAGGAUUACCUUAUAUGAGUAUUAUCUUCCCAUUUCCCAACUUCCAAAACUUGGUUACGUUUUAGAGAGUACUAGUACAAGUGAUCUCUGUUGGAAAAAGGUGUCAGACCACAUUUAUACAUAGUACUUCACCUGAAAACAUCUUUACCCCCUUAAAUCCAUGGACCACAUUCCAUUUUUUCCCUUUGUUUACUUCAAGAAAAAAGAUAAACAAAUGAUGAAAAUCAUCAGCUAUCUUAUGUUGAUUGUGUAGACGCAGAUAUAAUACAGAAAAUACUUCUCUUACGUUCUACUUACACAUAAGUAAAGCUUCAAUAUUUUGCUCCCUCAAGGAAUGUAUGGUAACUUUAAGAUCAUACUGGUGGAGCAAAGGAAAGACAGACAAUUUAAAAACUUCGGAUGCUAAAAAGUAACUACUCCUAUUAAAUCCAAAAAUUGUGUGUGGAAUUGUAAAGAAAUUGUACCAGGAUGCAAUUGGGUUAAUUAUGCAACAUUUCUUAUAAAUCGCCUAGCCCUGUGUAUUCUAAAAACUAAACCCUCAGUCUUUAUGGUCUUGCCUGCGAGAUAGUUCCUUGGUGGAAAAUUCCCAUGGUCUGUACUCAAGAAGUGCCUAAAAUAGAUUCGUGUUGAUUUGUAAGUCCUCUAAUAAAUGAUAUGUGUUUUCUAUGGUAUUUAUUGUAUGUGCUUGUCUUACUGAUGACACAGCCCUGUGAGUUUCUAACUCCCAGUUUGUGCUUUAUUUGAAUAAAAGGCCUUGAAAUUGAAAAUACUCAUCAUAACCCUCAACAAACCAGUUUAAAGACACAUGAGUGAAACCACUUUCUUUCCUAAUACAAAUAUUCUGUGACCAUGAUGUUAGUUAAUGCAGGGACUAGAAAACUGGACUCUUGUUUCUGUUUUAAAAAAUAGUGUUAACACACAGAAAAUUAUACUGUGUGUUGUAAAACCUUAGUAAAAAUUUGUUGCUCAUGUAAGAAAAGCCUCUUAAUUCUCAUAACUUAGUGGUUAGCAGGUUUGAGUGAUUCGUGUCAUUUAGAUUGUGAGCCAUUGCGUGGUUGCAUGCCAGAACCCUUCCUCUUUCUUUAGAAUCUACCUAGAAACCAAAAUAUCUGUUAGAGCCCUUUUAUGUUUUUUUUUAUAUUGUUUCUUUUUUUUCUAAUCAUAGAGUAUGACUAUAAACCUAGGGGCAAGGACUUGAGUGUAUUUUCAGUGAUUUACAGUUACAUUAUGUUCAUAUUUUAAAUCAUCCUGCAUGGAAAAAUGCAAUGUGUAUGUGAUUUUAAAUUAUUGUAAUGUAUACUGUUCCCCAGAACUUCUCACAUUGAUGAUAUACAGAAUUCCUCUAACUAUUUUUGCUUGAAACUAUUUCUUUAGAUUCAAAUAGUCUUUUCUUACAUAUGUCCCUGUAUGGUUCCUUGAGAUGAGAUGAUACCUGCAAAGCACUUUUAAACAUAUUUUCUGGGUUAAUGUUCAAGAUAACACAUUGAGGAGGAAGCUGUAAUUAUAUCUGGUGAGGGCAUUUUUUGGUUGCUAGAGAUAAAAAUAUACUAAUUUGAUUUGUGCUUAAAAUACAUUUUACUAAUUAUAUUCAUUUUAAAUGACAGAUUCUUAUAAAUAGUAAUCUUCCUUGCUCAGUGUAUUUUCCUAGGUAAAACUAGAUGAAAAUGUGUUCCAGCUAGUUUUUGUGUAACUUCCCUUCCCGAGUUGAGCUAUGUAUAUUAACAUAAUUCAAACCACAUUUAAUGCAACAAACUAGAAACCCUUUUGAAAAUUUUUAGGCUUGUUGUAUUGAAAUUUCUAAUAUGAUAGAAGGUUUUGAUUUGAGGUUUGUAAGCAAGAUGAGGCAGAAAAUUUGUCUUGUCUCUAUCAUUUUAUGAACUUGCGUUUCUCUGUAUCCUAGGAAGAUUUUACACUCUAGGAAUAUUGCAAAGUGAUGAUCUUAGAGUCCAUGGGUGCUUCCAUACUUCUCCAGUGCUGAUACAUUAGAUACCUGGGGAGAUAAUGCUUCAGGGCCUUCUUGAUGAGACAGCUUCAUGGGUGGUUGGGAGACAUUUAUGUUUGUUCUCAGGGUGGGAGGGACUGGCAGAUUGGAGUAGGGGCCUCUCCACUGGUAAAGCAGUGCAAUCAGUUCUUUGCAAAUGUGUUACUUCAUUAGACUUGUAACAACAUUCUUGUGUCCAUCCGUAACUUACUGAACUGUUAAUCUACAAAAUGUAAGGCAUUGGGUCAGGUGACCAGGAAUAUAGGACCUUGUUUAUAAUGAAAUAAAGGAACAAUGUCAAGAUAUGUGUGAUGCGGGGGGUGGAGGGUGUGACCAAUAAGAUUUCACUGGUGAAUUUCUAUGUUUAAUAUGUACAUUAACUUUUUUUAAGGUUGCAUGUUAACCUGGGAUAAAGUAUUGUCUUUGCUUUACAUUUUGCUGAGUAAAAAGACAAAGGGAAAAAAAGAGUUAAAUUGUUACUCUGUUAUGUACUAUUAUAUAUACCUUUUCUUUUAGAAAGGGCUAAUUAUAAUUACUGUUCACA